UGUAGUAUAGAACUGAACAGUUCUAUACUAGUGAGUGAGCCAAUGUCCGCUUACAUUCCGCCGCACAAAAGGCACACAAAGGGAUCGCCGUCGCCGAAGCCAUCUCCGGCGCCGGAGUCCCUGAUACCUACCUUCAAGAAAAACCUGAAUUUCGGGAACCAGAAGAGAAAGGAAAAGUACUUGGGCGGCAUCCUUUACGCUCAUGAUGCAGUUUCCAAAUGGUUCCCCGUUGGCUUGACUGUUGACGAUUCUCAGUUUUCAUCUCUUGUGAGGCUCCAACCCGUUUCAGUGGAGCGAAAAUCAGGAGAUAAACCUCUCUCUUUGGUUCUAAUGGAAGGAACAAAUCAGCUUCUGGAUAAGCCAUGGCUUUUGGUGGCUAAAAUUGUGACGGAGGACUUACUUUUGUCAUUUCAACAUGUGAAGUGUGAAAUGGAGCAAUCUAAUAUGGAAGAAUUAAAGCCGACUCUAGUUGCUCGAUUUGGAAGGAUUCUCUUUUACGGGAAUUCUUCAAAUAGUCAAGAAUCCCUGAAAAGUCCAUUGGGUGAAACUGCUUUGAGGCAAAUGAAAAAAUCUUUCUAUACGAAUGUUCCUCUUUCAUAUAUGGAAUAUAUAGGAAAUCUUCCAUUUGAGACUCUUGGGCUAGAAUAUGGGGAAGAGAAGGAAUUAUACUAUAUUAAGCUUUCCGAUAACUUGCGUUCUGAUUCAACUGUCUCCUGCAGAUGUGCAAUAGCCGAGGAUCAGAAAAGAAUUCAGCUCUAUAAGAUUGAGGUGAACCAAGUACGCCACAUGGUUGAAGAUAUGAGCUGUCUUGGAAAGAGUUCAGACCUGAGAUUGAUGCUUCAUACCAAGAAAAUCAUGACCGCUUUAUCUGAUGAGGAGAUCGCUGGAAUUAAAAAUCUUAUUGAUUCUGGCAUUUUGGACUCAGAAGUUAAGGGUGGGUUGAGAUGGCCCAUUGGCAAAGAUUCUUCAGGGGGUCGAUAUGCUGUAAUUGGUGUUUGGCACACAACUGCAAAAUCAUAUGGAAAUCUGUCAAUCAGGUUUAAGCUUCGACAUGCAGAUCGAUUUGAUUUCAGAUCUUCAACUAGUGAGGUUUCAUGGGAGACCAGCCUAAAAAUGCCUGGGAUUGUAUCUCAAUUGCGGGUAGGUUUCUUUCUCUGACAAGCAAUUAUGUAUACUUAUUUUUAUUUGGUCUCUGUGGGUAAUACAUCUUAUUUGGUCUCUGUGGGUAAUACAUCCGUGCGUGCUUGCAAUAGGUGUAAUUUACACAACCAUAUCAUAAUAUUCUUAGAAAUUAGAUUUGAACAUUGUACCCUGUUCCCACAUACCGAUAAUAUCCACCGAAUUGGGCAAAAUAUCAUCCAAAGCAGCUGGAGCAACACAAAUUUACCGCCCUCGCAUGUGCUUGGAAGUACAAACAGAACCAUGCAGUGUCUCUUCAUUGUUGAAUUGAUAAGCAUUUGUGUUUUAUUUUCUAAGUUGAACCUGCACUUCUGAAAUAAUUGAUUUGAUUAACAUUCUCUUACUGUCUCUUUUCGUCUUAUUGAGCCGAGGGUCUAUCGGAAACAACCUCUCUACCCCCUCGGAUAGAGAAGCAAACAAUUGACGAAAACCUGGUGUUGAAAAUGCUUGAAGACAACUUGAAGUUAAUACGGGAUCACUGUUUGUCAGAUGGUUCUUCAAGCUGACCAUGUUUCGUGGCCCUUUACUUACUUUUUUUGCAAAUAUCUGCAGAAACUGCUAUAUGUACAGUUGGUGAAGAAAGUUGACCUUUUGAAUUGCAGUGGUGGAAUAUACAAGAUGUAUAUUUUGAAUUAGGAACAAUAGUUGACCCAAAACGCUGAAAUUACUUUUUGCACUAUGUAGUUUGUGUAUGGAACGAAUUGAUGCAAUGUCUCUGAUGCUAGCGGCAUCACUAAGGAACAUCGGAUAAGAUUGUAAAUAGUUCUGUUGUGAAGCCGUAAUGGAUAGAACUUCUUAUUUGAACUUACUGUUCAGUUGGGACAUUUGAUUUUACUUUAUGUAGGAAAUGUAAAUAGCAGACUGA